UGGAGCUGUGCAGAACCACAACAAGAUGCGCUCUGUUGACGUCAUCAGUCUGCGCCUUACGGAGGAAACGUGGGGAGACGGCAGAGUAAAGCAAGGCGGAGGAGGGUGAAGCGUCGCUCCACGUGAAUCGGUGUGAACAUGGCGUCGAUUCAGGAGCCUGAGGUCCAGUUCGCUCAGAGAUUAGCCUCCAACGAGAAACCCAUCCGGACCAGGGCCAUUAAGAAACUGAGGAAAUAUAUAAAUGCCCGGUCACAGAAAGCGGCGGGUGGAUUCACAGGUGAUGAGCUGCUCAAGCUGUGGAAGGGCCUCUUCUACUGUCUGUGGAUGCAGGACAAACCGCUGCUGCAGGAGGAGCUGUCGAAACAAAUCUCCAGCCUGAUCCACAGCUUCCAGCACGUAGACGGACAGUUUUUGUUCCUGGAGAGCUUCCUGCAGACCCUGAAGAGAGAGUGGACCGGCAUCGACAGGCUGCGGAUGGACAAGUUCUUCCAGCUGGUUCGCUUCAUGUUCAGACAAACGUUUGAGAUGCUCAAGAGGAAAAACUGGGACAGCAGCGUGGUGUCGAGCUUCCUGGAGUUGCUGACAGCUCAGCUCCUGCAGAGCAGCAGCGGAGCGCCCAGCGGGCUGCAGCUUCACAUCCUGGACCUCUACAUGACUGAGCUGGCAGCUGUGGGCUCAGCAGAGCUCACUGCCGAUCAGAACUUGAUAUUCAUCGAGCCGUUCUGCAAAACAGUAUCCAAAACAAAAGAUCGGAUUCUAUUCAGUGGCAUCUGUACCAGCAUUUUCGGCACCAUCAUCGAUCAGGCUCCCUUCGCUAUUGAUGACUUGAUGAGGGAGGUGAACGCUGCUCAGGCUUCAGACUCGGACUCUGGACAGGCGUCUGAAGAGGAAGACGAAGAAGAAGAAGUCGAACUGAGCGAAAAAACAACAAGAAAAGCAGCCGACAAGAAGAAGACAGGGAAACAGAUUAACGGCAAUAAAUCAGAUGAGGAAGACGAAGAUGAGGACGAACUUCUUCACUUGGAAGAAGACUCGGACACAGAGGGACCCUGUGACGAGGACAUCGGACCGGUCCUACAGUUUGAUUACGCAGGUCUGGCGGACAGGCUGUUUGGGUUGGCGAGUCGGAGCGGCACGCCAGGCCGCAACAGACAGAGACUCUACAGGAUCAUCAAAGUACUGCGUGACCUCAGUGAAGGUAUCUUCCCUCAGGAUGAGUAUCCAGAGGAAGUCUCCACGGACGAGGACGACGACAUGUUCGGCAGCCGGAAGAGGAUGAAGCGGACGGGAGGUCGCGGAGAGGACGAGGAGGACGGAGCGCCAACAUCCAAGAAGAGAAAAGGGAAGAAAAAGGAGACGUCGACACUCAACAAGCAAGACAAAGACUCUGCAAAAGAUGACAGUGAACCGGCCGACUCAGCCGUGAAUAAUGACAACAAGAAGAAGAAGAAGAAGAGGAAGAAGAAGAAGAAAGCAGGAGAGGGAAGUGAAAGUGCUGAUAAAGAAACUGAAGGCUCACAGGCAGAGAGCGCCGUCUCAUCUGUAAAAGUCACUGAUGCUUCGUCAGAAACUCUUCUUCUCUCUGAGGUGAAGAAACCCUCAGUCACCGUCACAGAGGAAACCAGCGGAACAACUCCCUCCACGACUGACGACAAGACUUCUGAGGUCGAACCAGAACCAGAGACGUCAUCCCACGCCGAUGCUACAGUCUCGGGGAAGAAGAAGAAGAAAGGGAAGAAGGCAAAGUUACAAACAGACGAGACUGUUGCUGAACUGCAGGUCGUUGUAGAAGAAGAGAGCACAGCGGCCGGUCCGGAGGAGACGACCACACCUGAGACAGAAACCACAACUCCUGCCAAGAAGAAGAAGAAGAACGCUCAGGAGGAAAUACAGGUUAAUGGUGUGACCACAGAACAAGACGGACCAGAGAAACCAACUGAUGCUACAACUCCAGGCAAGAAGAAGAGUAAGAAGAAGAGCCUGAAGGCGGAUGAAGCGGUGACGGUUGAGGCUGAAGCAGAAGUCCAGGUGGAGGGAAAAACCAGAGACACUGAAAUCACUUCAGUUGUUGAGGAGGCAUCACAAGAAGCUGCUGCGGCGCCACUUAAGAAGAAGAAGAAGAACAAGCAGGAGGAAACGACACCGACUGUGGAGGAAAGCGUCGUAACACCACUGAAGAAGAAGAAAACGAAAAACAAUCAGAAACAACCCACAGAGGAUGUGGAUGGAGCGGCGGCAGCAGAGGAACCCCCGCAGCUGGAGGAUGCUGGGACACUGCCGGUCACCGUGACAUCAGCCAAGAAGAAGAAGAACCAAGCGGACGAGAUCAAUGAUGAGGCUGAAGAUGAUGAGAAACCAGCCAAGAGGAAGAAGAAGAGGAAGAUCCCCGUGACGUUCGAGUACGAAGCCGACGAGCUGGAGGCAGCUGCAGCGAUCAACGGCCUCGCUGAAGAAGAGACGAAACUGGAGGCUGACGAGCCGUCCACACCUCUGAGCGGUAAGAGGUCACAGAAGAAGAAGAAGAAGAUGGCGACACCGGGGUCUGAGUUCAUCACAUUUCAGAACAACGCUGCCGUCCCGACGCCGCUCUUCUGUAAGACCAAGGGAAGUCCCAGCACCCCGCAGACCGGCAAGAAGAAGAGUCAAACUCCCAAAUCUGAAUCCAAGAAGGUGACGUUUGGGCUCAAGAACAAUAAAACAGCUGAGUUCAGGAAGACAGACCGCAGCCUGCUGGUGAGUCCAGACGGGUCGUCACGAGUCCCGUUUGACCCGCAGCAGAAACCAAAGUUUGGUGUGUUAAAGUCUCCGGUCUCCACCCGGGUCAAGAAGACCCCCAAGAAGACCGCCGUCAGUACUCCGAAGAGUACUGCGAAGAGUACUGCGAAGAGUACUGCGAAGAGUACUGCGAAGAGUACUCCUAAACGUCGCCCGUCAGCGGCAGACUUCUUCUAACGGCCUCGCUGACGGACUGUAGAUGAAACUCCUCUGAACUCUUUGACAGACUGAUUUCAAACAAACUUGUUUUGGAGAUUUAUAAAGAAGUAUUUUUAUGUUUAUCUGAUAUCCUUCCAUGUUCCUUUGUGCCCGAGUGACUCCAGCUUUUAAUAAAAGUUGCUCAUUCCAGCUUUUCCAAUUUUA